AUGGCGCAACUCAAGCCGUGGAAAGGCGUCUACUACUUGUGGGAUUACCUCCCGUCGACAGCCGCAGCCGCCAUCUUCAUCAUCCUGUUUGCAGGGGCCACGGGCGUCGUGAGCUGGCGCAUCUUCAAGACGAGGACGUGGUUCAGCAUACCUCUUGUUCUUGGCGGACUGUUCGAAAUCCUGGGCUACGCCGCGAGGGCCUAUUCGCGCGAUAAGACGGACCAGCUGGGCCCUUUUGUGCUGCAGUCCGUGCUGAUACUCGUGGCGCCGGCGCUUUUCGCCGCGUCCAUCUACAUGACGCUGGGGCGGGUCAUGCGCAGCGUCCACGGCGAGCGCCACUCCCUUGUCCCCGUCAACUGGCUCACCAAGGCGUUUGUGCUCGGCGACGUGUUCUCGUUCCUGGUCCAGUCGACGGGAGGGGGACUCAUGGCGGUCAAGAACGCCAACCCCAAGACGGGGCAGAACAUCAUCCUCGGCGGGCUGUUUGUGCAAGUCAUCAUGUUUGGGCUAUUUGCCGUGACGGCUGUUGUUUUCCACGUCCGCAUGAGGAGGGGGCCGUCGGCGAGCGCAGAUGCCAGCUCGGGCUGGGUGACGAUGAUGGUGAUGCUGUACGCGACGAGCGCGCUGAUUCUGGUGCGGUCUGUGUUCAGGAUCGUCGAGUACAUGAUGGGCAAAGAGGGAUAUUUGCUGACGCAUGAGUGGACCCUGUAUGUUUUUGAUGCUGCCUUGAUGUUCGGCACCAUGGUCGUGUAUGGGCUUUUGUAUCCGGGGCAUUUGAGUCGUGGGGAGUUGAAGUCGAACAAGGGGAGGGCUUGGGAUGCAGCUGAGUCGGGGGCAGGGGAGGAUGGAAUUCGUCCGAGGGAGAAAUAG